CGGCUCUAUUGUGCAAUUGGAGCGGCGAGGUGAAGGCGCAGCCGGAAUGGAGGUGGGGAGCUGCGCGGCGCUCGUAGGUCGGGUGCUUCCGCGGCAGCAGUAGCGAGCCGCCGCCGCCUGCACAGGGGCUUUGUUCAGUCCGCCCGGCCGCCGCCAUCCGCCUCGCCCUUCUUUCCCCGUCCCUCGCAGCCGAGGCGGGCGGCCACCAUGGAACCGGGUCGGAAGGAGCUGUAGGGAGAAAGCGGACCCCCGAGGGAAGGCGACGGGAGAGAGAGCGGCUCGCCCCCGGAGCCUCCUGCUGCUGCUGCUCCUCCUCCUCCUCGAUCCGCCGCGCCGAGAGGCCCCCGCGCCGGGAGCCUAUCUGCCACUGUGACAUCUGAGAGGCAGUGACCGGUCUCCCUGUGUGGCCUUGGAUCCUGCACCCAGCCCCUUUACCUCCCUGUAGCCAAUGACCCCCAUGAACCCAAUGAAACCAUCGCUCCCACCCACCCCGCAUGGUGAUGGUUCAUAUGCCUACGAGUCAGUUCCUUGGCAACAGAAUACCAAUCAGCCUGCAGGAUCUCUCUCGGUGGUAACCACUGUUUGGGGCGUCAGCAACACAUCCCAAAGCCAGGUUUUUGGAAACCCCAUGGGCCCUGGAGGAAACACCGCUGGCAAUCCCAUGAUGCCCAGCGUGGCCAGCAGUGGCUCUGGCAUGAACUCACCACAAUUUAUGGGACAGCAGCCUUUCCCUGAGGGUUCAACGGGCAAAGGUUACGUGCAGCCUGGGAUGUACAGUCGCAGUUCAUACCCUGGAGGGCCAGGCUUCACCACAAGUUAUGCAGGCAGCCCAAACGGCCCAGGGGGAAUGGGCAUUCCUUCACAUACUGGGAGACCCCCUGCAGACUUCACCCAAGCAGCCGCUGCAGCCGCCGUCGCAGCUGCUGCCGCAACAGCCACAGCCACGGCCACAGCCACAGUAGCUGCCUUGCAAGAAAAGCAGAGCCAGGAGCUGAGCCAGUAUGGAGCGAUGGGUGCUGGGCAGCCUUUCAACAAUCAAUUCCUUCCUCAUUCGGGGCCCCGAGGACCAGCUGUACCUCCUGGGAUGAAUCCAGCCAACAUGUUGAACGCUUCUGGAAUGUCACCCAUGAGCAUGAGCACAGCAAGGAGUCCUGCCAUGAGCGCCCUGUAUGGUGGACAGAGGAUGCCCCAGCAUGGCUACCCUACGCCCCCACAAGGCCAGCAGAUGCCCCGGCAAAGUGUCAAGAGAACUUAUUCCAGCGAGGGUUAUCCAGGACAACAAUAUAUGCAAGGUGGACAGUACCCCUCCCAAGCCGGACAGUAUGCCACAAAUGUGCCUCAGCCAUCUGCUCCAUCCCCCUCCUAUCCCGGUCACAGGUUGCCACUGCAACAGGGAGUGAGCCACUAUCUCUCUGCCUCCAGUACCAGCGGCCCAUACUAUAAGCCUACUGAUCAGUUCAAUGGUCAAAAUGCCAAUUUCAAUGGUGGCAACUUCAGUAGCUAUGGACAAGCUGCUAUGAAUGGGCCGGGAAGAUCCAUGCCUGGCUAUCCAAGCUCUCCCUUACCUGGUAAUCCCACACCUCCAAUGACUCCUGGAAGUAAUAUCCCUCCCUACAUGUCCCCAGGACAGGAAGUGAAGUCACCAUUCCUUCCAGACAUCAAACCCAAUAUCAAUUCUUUGCAUCCUUCUCCAUCUCCCAAUAUCAGUUCUUUGCAUCCUUCUCCAUCUGGAAACCCUUGUGAUGAGUUGCGUUUGACCUUCCCUGUCCGGGAUGGCGUGGUGCUGGAGCCUUUCCGCCUCCAGCACAACUUGGCGGUCAGCAACCAUGUCUUCCAGCUCAGGGACUCUGUUUACAAGACUCUGAUGCUCAGGCCUGACUUAGAGCUGCAGUUUAAGUGCUACCAUCAUGAGGACCGACAAAUGAACACCAACUGGCCAGCCUCAGUCCAGGUCAGCGUGAAUGCCACUCCUUUGACUAUCGAGCGGGGAGACAACAAGACUUCACACAAGCCCCUCUACCUAAAGCAGGUGUGCCAGCCUGGCAGGAACACCAUCCAGAUCACAGUCACGGCUUGCUGCUGUUCCCACCUUUUUGUCCUGCAAUUGGUGCACAGGCCUUCGGUACGGUCCGUUUUGCAAGGCUUGAUUAAGAAGAGGCUGCUGCCGGCCGAGCACUGCAUCACCAAAAUCAAACGAAACUUUAGCAGCGGCACAAUCCCUGGGACUCCUGGUCCAAAUGGGGAAGAUGGUGUGGAGCAGACCGCCAUUAAGGUGUCUCUGAAGUGCCCCAUUACUUUUCGGAGAAUCCAGCUUCCUGCAAGGGGUCAUGACUGCAGGCACAUACAGUGCUUCGACUUGGAAUCCUAUUUGCAGCUAAACUGUGAAAGGGGGACGUGGAGAUGUCCUGUUUGCAAUAAAACAGCCUUGUUGGAAGGACUUGAAGUGGACCAGUACAUGUUGGGGAUCCUGAUUUACAUUCAAAACUCUGAAUACGAAGAGAUCACCAUUGACCCAACGUGCAGCUGGAAGCCUGUCCCGAUCAAGCCCGACAUCCACAUCAAGGAAGAACAGGAUGGGCCCGUGCUGAAGCGUUGCCGCACCAUGAGCCCCACCCACAUGGUGAUGCCCAGCGUCAUGGAGAUGAUCGCAGCCCUGGGACCGGGCCCCUCCCCAUUUGGAGCUUUGCAACCCUCUUCUGCUGGCGGUGGCAGCAGUGACUACACCAGCCAAAAUUCAAGCUUUUCUGGAACUUUCCCAGAUUCAUUCCCUACUGUGAACCCUGGCACCCCGACAUUAAAUGAAUUCAACCCUGGGCCUCCUCCGAUCUCCUAUCAGUCUGACAUUCCGGGCAGCCUGCUGACCCCUGAAAAGCCAACUGUUCCUUCCAUCCCUGGACAGAUGCCUCCAUCAAGCAGGAUGGACCCUUCCUCACACAAUCCCGUGCAGCAGGGCCUAAACAACCCCAGCCUCAGCAACCAGCCAGGGCAGCAGCCACCACCACAGCAGCCGGCGCCACCACAGCCACAGCUCCAUCACCGGAAUCCACCCCCACCCCCACCAUCGCGCCAGCCGGUGGGACAGUCGGGCACCGGAGGCCAAGCGCACGGAGGGGAACUCCCUUUCAACCCUGGUCCUGGGAUGGGAGCACCACCUGGGCCAGUGGAAGGGCCUGAGCCUUCCCUUGAUCUUCUUCCUGAGCUGACGAACCCAGAUGAGCUGCUGUCCUACUUGGGGCCCCCUGACCUUCCCAAUAAUAGCAACGAUGAUCUGCUCUCAUUGUUUGAGAACAAUUGAAGCCACCCCAUAUGGAACACAGGCGUCAUGCUCCACCCACCAUGUACGCAAUCUCUCUCUCUGUCACACACACACACACACUUUCACUCACAAUCCAUCCCAUAGCUUCCGAGGCUCUCAUCAAGAGAGAGACCUUGCCUUGCAUCCCAGUGGUGGCCAUGAAGUCCUGCUAAUGAAUCAGCCUGAGGGACUUUGGCCAGGCAGCCAUCUCCUUUUGCUAGGAUUGCUUCUUGUCUAAAAAAGGGCUCCCAUGGACACUAGGAAUGCUUGCUUUACUUGUUUUGGGAAAUCCUUCCAGGCCAGGAGAGAUGGUGCUGCUGCUGAUUGGGACUGUUCUUGAAAAAUGGGUUUUUAUCAUGUUGCUUAGGCCAGAUCAGCUACAGGGCACUGUCUUAUUUCUAAUAAUAUUCCAAGAUAUCUCCUACAAACCUGCAGUCAGGAAAGGGAGAAAUGCAUCUGGAUAGCCUUCUGAAAUUUUAGUAGAACUGACAACUCCCUUCAUGUGCAUCAUUCUUGAUAUCUUGGGAGGAGUAAGUCAGUCUGGUCAUCUGAAGCUAUGGAAUGAAAUUAACACCUCACACUUUAUCCACUUUCCUCAUGGAUUUUAAAGAACAAACUCCAAGGAACAUCAAAGCUCUGCUACAUCUGGAAAAAGUAGAUGAAGCUUGUCUGCUCUUACAUCUCCCUGGAUCUGGAGCCCUCCUCCCCAUGAGCUAGUUCUACCUGUCGAUUCUCCUCAGCCUUGAUAUGGACAGAGCAGCAGUUCAUCCUAGCAGCUUCCAGCAUCAUGGAUGUGGUGAGAGCAACCCAAAAUCCAGAUCAGCCCACCCACACACUCUUUUCAAAAGGAAGUUGUUCCCUACAGAAGGACCCUGGAAGAGUUCAAGCUAGGAAAUGAUCCCCUUUCUUCCCCAUUGACUGCAAAGUGGAGAAAUGCAUCUCUGACUGAAAGAACUGACAGUUCCUCAGACACAGCCUGACAGAUUGUCUCCAUCGGUUGAUGGAUCCAUCUACAAGCACAACAAUGUACAUAAUGUAGAAACACUAAAGGAAACAAAAAGUGGGGGUGGGAGGAAACAAGGGUGGGAGGGAUGGGAAAGAAAUGUUUUAAAAACUCAUCACUCUUGUUGUAUAGUCUCACGGGGCUCCCCAGGCUUGGGGCAAAAGUCCUCUGUAUAAAUGUGCAUAAGCUUCCUAGAUUGUAAUAUAGACCAUUCCACAUGGGACAGAGUACACCAUCCAGAGAUGUGAUGCUUUUAGCCAUAGCUGGGGCCUGCCCCUUGCAUUUAACAUGAUGGCAUCCCACCAAAGGAGGAUCUGGAUGCUGAGAUUUUACUCAUUUUAAUCCCGAGCCCCAGAAAUUAAGUGGCAACGAGACAAAUCCAAAAAGUAAGUUUAAAAAUGUGUGUGUGUUGGCCUUCCAUUCCCCUCCAUCCUGCCCAGGAACCUACUUUGGUUAAGAUUGCAUUUGGGAUGGUGGUGAAGAGGUCCCAAAUGUGGUCUGUCUGUGAAGAAUCAAGCCAUUGUUUGUGGCCAGGUUUCCUGAGCCAGGGAGUCCCUGUGUCCAAGUGCUGACAGCUCUGUUGACUUUCGUGUAUCUUGUUUCAUUAUUGCUAUAUAUUAAAGGAUUCUUUUUGGUGGGGCUCACCAAAUAGCUUGUGGGCCAUUGA